GAUCUGCAACAGUUCAUCAGAGUAAACAGUGAACAUCACAUCAACCACCAUGAAAACUAUCCUGAUCUUCGUAGCUAUAUUCUACCUGGCUAAUGCCAGCGAGGAACUGAAAAGAACCAAGCGUGGCUUCCUCUACGGAGGACUCGGUUCCUAUUCUGGAGCUUCGGCCAGCAGCUACGCAGGAAGCUACGGAGGUUACGGAGGCUACGGAUUAUCCGGAGCGUCAGCUUACGCUUCUAGCUACGCUGCAGCUCCCUCGGCUGUAGCUGUACCAGUCGCCGUUCCAGUAGCCUACGCUCAACCCUAUCCAGUUAUCCAUAAAGUGGCCGUACCUGUUACUAGGACCGUAGCUGUCCCGGUAGCUGUAAGGAGCUACGGAGGAUAUGGAUAUGGGGGUUACGGAGGUUAUGGAAGUUACGCCAACAGUUUCAGCAGAGCUAGAUCUUACGGUAGUGGUUGGUGGUGAACGUAGAUGUAAUAUAUUUUUAGAGUUUUAAUAAAAUGUUUGUAUGUAUAUUAAAAUAAAGUUAAUAGUUUUAUUUUA